CACACCUACCAAGUGUCCUAAAGCAACAGGGUUGGGAUGCCACCCCCCAAUUUCCCAGCCCCAUCUAUUUGCCCACAGUAAUUCAUUUUCAGAGAACCAAGGAAUCCUUGGUUCAAAAAGUUCUCCCUCCCUGUCUCCCAAGAACCUUUUCCCUUAAAUUAGAAAAACUUACCAUACCCAAUUUGAGGUAUAAUAGAUGAAUCUUCUGUAUGUUCAUUGAGAAGACCCUUGGUUGUUCCCCAGAAAGUUCUAAACAAGAUCUCACCAGGUGAACUCUGGCGUGUGCUUGCAGGUGGAGGACAGUUAGAAGCAUGCUCUCCCCUGCUGUGCAGGAUGUCUCUGCGUGAGAACCCGGUGUUUGCCUACGAGUCUUCGGUGCACAGCACCAACGUCCUGCUCAGCCUCAACGACCAGCGGAAGAAGGACGUGCUGUGCGACGUCACUGUCCUGGUGGAGGGCCAACGGUUCCGUGCCCACCGGUCAGUGCUGGCGGCAUGCAGCAGUUACUUCCACGCCAGAAUCGUAGGCCAGGCUGACGCGGAGCUUAACAUUACUCUACCAGAAGAGGUGACGGUUAAAGGAUUUGAACCUUUAAUUCAGUUUGCCUACACUGCUAAGCUAAUUUUAAGCAAAGACAAUGUGGAUGAAGUGCGCAAGUGUGUGGAAUUUCUAAGUGUACACAAUAUUGAGGAAUCCUGUUUUCAGUUUCUCAAAUUUAAGUUUUUGGACCCCACUGCAGACCAGCAAGAAUGCCUGAGAAAAAAAUGCUUUUCAUCACAGUGUCAGAAAACAAACCUUAAAUAUUCACUUUUGGACCAGAAGGACCUAGAAAUUGAUGAAGUAGAGGAGUUUCUGGAAAAUAAAAAUGUUCAGACGCCUCAGUGUAAACUCCAAAGAUAUCAAGGAAACGUAAAAACAUCACCUCCCGUGCAAGACAGUGCCAGUCAGACCUAUGAAUCCAUGUGCUUGGAGAAGGGGGCUGCUCUGGCUCUGCCUUCUUUAUGCCCCAAAUACAGAAAAUUCCAGAAAGCAUUUGGAACUGACAGAGUCCGCACUGUGGAAUCCAGUGUCAAAGAGGUUCAUGCUGCUCCUGUUCAGCCAAACGAGACAUGUGAAAAUGAGUAUCUCGGGGGAGUCCAGGACUCUGCAGAUUUGCAGGUGAUUUUAAGAUGCGAUGAGAACAAAUCAGCAAUGGAACAUGAAGAAACGAAGAAAAAGGAUCCCGCUUCUCAGUGCCCAGCAGAAAAAACAGAAGUGACUUCUUUCCCCCACAAUUCUUCUACAGAUUCUCACGGACUGUAUUCUUUGUCUCUUUUACACACAUAUGACCAAUACGGAGACUUGAAUUUUGCUGGUGUGCAGACCACAGCAGUGAAAACAGAGAAACCCUUGUCAGGUACAGGUGUUCAAGAAGAGAAAACGUUUGGCGAAAGUCAAGAUGUUCAUUUGAAAUCUGACUCGGGCCCCAAGGAUGAUGGUAGCAUUGCAUCUAGUGAUCGCAGUAGUGUGGAGCGAGAGGUGGCGGAGCACCUAGCAAAAGGCUUCUGGAGUGAUAUCUGCAGCACUGACUCUCCUUGCCAGAUGCAGUUAUCACCUGCGGUAGCCAAGGAUGGCCCAGAGCAAAUCUACUCCCAGAAGCGGUCUGAGUGUCCUUGGUUAGGUAUCAGGAUCAGUGAGAGCCCAGAACCAGCUCAGAGGACUUUUACAACAUUGAGUUCUGUCAACUGCCCUUUUAUAAGUACUCUGAGUACCGAAGGCUGUUCAAGCAAUUUGGAAAUUGGAAACGAUGGUUACAUUUCAGAACCCCAGCAAGAACCUUGUCCUUACGCUUGCGUAAUCAGCUUGGGUGACGAUUCUGAGACUGACACAGAAGGCGACAGUGAAUCCUGUUCAGCCAGAGAACAGGAGUGUGAGGUAAAACUGCCCUUUAAUGCACAACGAAUAAUUUCACUCUCUCGAAAUGAUUUUCAAUCCUUGUUGAAAAUGCAUAAGCUGACCCCAGAGCAGCUGGACUGUAUCCACGACAUCCGGAGAAGAAGUAAAAACAGAAUCGCUGCACAGCGCUGUCGCAAGAGAAAACUUGACUGUAUACAGAAUCUUGAAUCAGAAAUUGAGAAGCUGCAAAAUGAGAAGGCGAGCCUGUUGAAGGAGAGAGACCACAUUUUGUCCACUCUGGGUGAGACAAAGCAGAACCUGACUGGGCUUUGCCAGAAAGUCUGUAAAGAAGCAGCUCUGAGUCAAGAGCAAAUACAGAUCCUCGCCAAGUACUCUGCUUCUGAUUGCCCACUUUCGUUUUUAAUUUCUGAAAAAGGAAAAAGUACUCCUGAUGGGGAACCCUCGGCGCCCUCAGUUUUCAGUCUCUCUGAUGGGCCUCCAGCUGCGCUGCCUCCCAAUGGGAGAGGAAGCAGUGAGGCCGGCUACAUCCGGGGGCAGGAGUCCCUUUCCAGUGCAGCCUCCGAUCCAGCCGGGCAGGUGGAGCAGAGGCAGAGUGGUGGGAUCUCCGACUUCUGUCAGCAGAUGACUGAUAAAUGUACUACUGAUGAGUGAACUCGGACUCCCGUCCUCCAGCCCAGCAGAUUUUCUACUGAAGUUCGGCAUUGUCUAGAAAGCCUCGUAAGGCCAUCCCUUACUUAUCAAUAUUGUGUUUUCCCCUCCUAGCUUUCUGUUCAGGAAAUUUCUCUCCAGUCAACCCUGAUUUUUGCCUUGAUUUCCACAAGACACAGAAAUGAUUUGUUUUCCAGAUACUGAAAAAAUCACAUGUGGAAAUCUGAUUUUUUGUGUGUGUGUGGUGGUGCUGGGGAUUGACCCCAGGGCCUUGUGCUUGUGAGGCAAGCACUCUACCAACUGAGCUACAUCCCCAGCCCUAAUACUUGUAUUUUAAAGAAUAAAAUAAUUUCCCCAGUAUUCGAAAUGACCAUGAGAAUGAAAACUGCAGAAUGUCAAACAGUCUUACAGCUUGAAACAUUUCCAGAUAGCUCCUACUGAAGAAGCAGCCUGCAGAAGUUUAAAAAUUGACCUUUUUGCAAUGUACUGGUUUAAAGAAAAUAUCUCCCCCAAGCAUUGCUAAUAAGAGUUCCAGUCUACACAGCAGGAGGGUGUCAGCGUGGGGAAUGUUUGUGCAGAGCUGCAGUGUGAAAAGUAAGUCUUCUUGCUGAAUCCCAGAGCUUUCCCCUGCAGCCUCUGCCAGAACCAGGAGAUCUAGGGAGGAUCUAGGAGCAGGCAAGGGUUGACCCAAGGCGGAGGCUUCUGCUCCUCUUUGUUAUUAUUGACUAUAGAAUUUCUGGCUGCACUGCAGUAGUAGAUAAGUAUCAUUUUCCCUCUUUUCCCCUCUUCAGUAUCUUCUCCAUCUGAGCUCAUUAUGAAAUUUCUGUUUCCUGAUGUUCUUCCCCCGUGCCAGGAGAGUCAGGACUCAGGAUGUCAUCACCUGAGUGUGUGCACUGGCAGCCUGAUCUGGGAUCCAGGGGAGCUUGCCAAAAUAGAAGACUGUUCACUUUUCUGCCCUAAGUCACGUAUGCCAGGAAAGCAGGCAUGGCAGUAGGUUGGGGAUUACCUACACUUACCAGGAGUGCAAUUCAUUUUUCAUGCUGUUUUUAAAGUCCUAUGGUAUACUUCUAAAAAGCAUUAUUUUAGUUAACAGUGUAUCUAUAACUCUGCAGGUUUGUGAGAAAGGAUGAAACUUAAUCUUGUUUGUUUAUGGGUUUGCAUUUGGGAACCAGAUUUAUUUCUGUUUUCUUUCCCUAUUUUCAUGCUGCAUAAAGUGACACAGAUCAUUUGUCUUUAAAAAUCAGUCUUUGGGGGCUGGGGAUAUGGCUCAAGCGGUAGCGCGCUUGCCUGGCAUGCGUGCGGCCCGGGUUCGAUCCUCAGCACCACAUACCAACAAAGAUGUUGUGUCCGCCGAGAACUAAGAAAUAAAUAUUAAAAAAUUCUCUCUUUCUCUCUCUCUCUCCUCUCUCUCUCUCCUCUCUCACUCUCUCUUAAAAAAAAAUCAGUCUUUGUCUUUAUUUGAUCCUAUCAUAAAACGUAUUUAUAAUCUGAGUAAUUAUCCCAUAUGUUUUGCAGUAGUGCUUAAACCAUUCUGGGAUUGCAGAUUUGAAAGUCAGAUGCAAGGUAUAGACAUCAACAAUUAAAAAAAGAAAAUAUACAGGGUUAGCAUCCUUAAUUGAGAAUCCAAAAUGCUCCCAAAUCUGAAACUUUUUGAAUGUUGACAUGAUACCACAGCAAAAAAUUCCAUACCUGAUCUCAUGUACAGGUAGCGCUCAAACAUGAGCGCGCACGACAAAAUUUGAAGUAACUGUAGGCUAUGGUGUAUAUGAAACAAAUCAGUUUUGUGUUUAGACUCAGAUCCUGUCCCCAGGAUAUCUCAUUUUUUACAUAUAUAAAUUCUUUUUCAAAAACAUAAAUUUUUUUUUCCAAAAAAAAUAUCUGAAAUCUGACACAAUCUGGUCCCAGGCAUUUCAGAUAAUGUAUUCGCAUUUGCAGAAAUAUGAGGCUGCCGAAGACAAAUGGAACCCAGUUUCCAAGGGUACAAAGUAGUUUAUUUGGAAUAGAAAGUACUUUAUUUCAUCUAGUCAGAUGUCUUGAAAGUGACACUUCUCUAGACUGCACCUUCAGUGAAGGGCCCGGGUAGCUUACAGGGGAGAUGACCACCCACUGUGUGUGUACGAUUUGGAAGCAAGUAGGGUAUUGCCUUGAGAGAAUAUGGGGACCAGUCUCAGUAUUUCAGAGUAAUUUGUUGAACAUUACUUUUGUCCAUGGGGUUGCUUGAAGGGGAAGGGGGCCUUGGAGCAGAUAUCACUAGACUCUCUUCAGUGUUGUUAUGUUCUCUCUGUUAUUGACUUGGAAGAGAAAAUCAGUUGGGAUUGUUUUCUGGAGGCAUUCAGAAGUACACUCAGCUUGUCAGGGAGAAUGGCCGUUCUAUGAUAAUGCAUCCUGUCCCACGAAAGAAUUGUGCGCGUGUGUGUAUAUAUAUACAUACCUCCCCAUGUAGCUAUUUCUUUGAUAUCUGUAAUUUUAAAUUUCAACUUCACAUAUAAAAUAAUAUAAAAACUUUUCUGGUUUACAAAUUGUAAAGUCUUAUACAAGCCAAUGGAACCUUUGAUUUCCUACCUCAUUGUACACUCAGCUGUCUGUCCCUCCGUUUUUGCAAAUGUUAAAUAAUCUUUUGCUUUAAUUGCAACUGUAUAUAUUUGCUUUGAAAAGUUACUGUUUUAUGACAAAACCUAGUUGUCUUCACAGUUUAAAUAUAAAUUUUUAAGGCACUUGGUUUAAAUUUCUCUCUACCUAUGAAAUUUAGCAUUAAGGAUUUAUUUUAAUGGUAUCUGACAAUUGGCCAAGUGUAAUAUUUCUUAAAUUUAGCAUAACUUUUAAUAGCCAGCAUGUAAUACAAUAACUACACUACCUCAUACCUACAUGAUUUUCAAGUUGUAUUAUAGAUGGACAGGAAAGAUUUUAAUCUUUGUCUUUUGGCCAUAAGGUGGGGAAGUUUUCUAUAUAUUGCAUAGCAUUACACAUUUAUGCCUACUCUGACAUUAACUUCUAAAGAAGUUUUUUCUAAGAAAAUUUGUUUCAAGGCAAUUUUUUUUGAGGCUGCCGAAGACAAAUGAUAGGAUUAUGUGUAUACAGUGUAUGCCUUUUCCUUCAUGCAAAAUUUUGAAAAUGUCAUUUUCAGUUUGUAUAUUGCAUAUUUACAUGAUCAUUGUUCCUUAUUUUAUGAACCGGCCUUCUCAGUGCUUGAUGAUUUUUUUUUAAAGCUCAGUAAAAUCAUAUUAACUUAAAAUUUUUCUUAUUUCAAUAGCUAUAAUGAAUAAUUUGUUAAAUUGUUAUUAUUCAAAACAAUUGUGGAUAUAAACUUGGUUCUCCAUCUGUAAGUUUUAUAACAGUUUCACUUAAUGCUUAAUCAGUUUUAAGUAAGGAAUUAAAAGUAUUUGAUGCAGCAGACAAUAUAGAUUGCAUGUGGACAUUCAGCCACGUUAACAACUUGGAAAAACAAAUGACAAUGUUAUAAAGAAUUCUCAGGUGAACUUUUUUCAGUUACGAAGCAUCUAUUUUGAACUUGUAAAUAUUUUAAAUGUUUUAUUAAGGCAUGUAAUAAACUAUUCUUUGAAACUGGUUGGAUAGCAUAAAAAUUUAAAGCCAUAUGGUAAAAGAUGGCAUACUGAUUGUAAAAUAAACAGAAAUAAUAACAUUGUUGAUUUUUUUGUAUCUUUCAUAUUAUAAUUUUCUAACAAUGCAAUAAAACCACUAGACUUAUAUAUCCA